UAACACCACAAGUACUAUCAUAUUUUUACGUUCAGUAGUCUACCUCAACUCAGACUAAAUCACAAACCAACACGAUGAAUCCCGGAAAAUGGGUCUUCAAUUUAAUGCUUCCAUUUCUUUUCUCCAGAAUUUGCACUUCCACUGACACCUUAACUCCAAACCAAUCCAUCAAAGACGGCGACGUUUUGGUAUCCAGCUAUGAAACCUUCGCACUUAGGUUUUUCAGCCCGGGAAAUUCCAAUCGCAGGUAUGUUGGAAUAUGGUAUAACAAGAUUCCACAACAAACUGUUGUUUGGGUAGCCAAUAGGGAUAGCCCAAUCAACGGUACCUACGGGGUUCUAUCCCUCAACCGGGAUGGAAACUUUGUCAUCAACGACAAUACCCGAAAUCAUACCAUUUGGCAGACAAAUGUAUCAGCAGUUUCUUAUUCAGCUCAACUCUUGGAUUCGGGAAAUUUGGUGUUGUUCCAAGGAGAUAGUGGGAGUGGUGGUGUUGUUUGGCAAAGUUUCGAUCAUCCUACAAAUACCCUGUUGCCAAACAUGAAGCUUGGGUUGGAUCGGAGGACCGGGAUUGAACGGUUUCUCACAUCGUGGAAGUCGAGAGAUGACCCCAGUACAGGAGAAUACUCCUUUCGGCUUGAACUGAAUGACAUGCCCCAGUUGAUGCUAUUCAAGGGCAUAACCCGAGUCUGGCGGAUACCCGCAUGGGUAACACGCCGUAGGAGUGCUAAGGCUGGGACCACAGCAAGUUCCUUAUUCAUUGGAACUUACGGGAACAAUCACGACCAAAUCUAUGCGUUUUACAAUGCCUCGAACCUGUCGACAAUGUUCGUGGAUGAAUUGGGUUCUUUAAAAAUGCAGACGUGGGUCGGCAGAUGGGUCAAGUUCUAUUCAGUCCCUGGCGACCAAUGCGAUUAUUAUGGCCGAUGUGGUGCUUAUGGUUACUGCAACUCAAAUAACGGGCAAGAGUUCGAGUGCACAUGCCUUCCGGGUUACGAGCCCAGGUCAGUAGAGGAAUGGUACCUGCAGGAUGCAUCGGGUGGGUGCAUCAAGAAGCGCGAGACACUUUCCAUGUGUGGAAACGGAGAAGGGUUUGUCAAGGUUGCGAAUGCAAGGAUUCCAGAUACACCCAAGGCACGUGUGUCAAUGAGCUUGAGUGAGCCUGAGUGCGAGGAUAAGUGCUUGAGAAACUGUUCUUGCCUGGCUUACACGAGUGAAGCAGAAAAAGGAGCGAGGGCGAACUGCAUCACUUGGUAUGAAAAUUUGAUGGAUGUGAGAAGGUACGUGAGAAGAUUUCCUGACGGGGGACUAGACUUGUAUGUACGGGUUGAUGCGGUUGAAUUAGCUCAACGUAUGGAAUCUAGAAGACUAAAGCGAAGGAACGUGGCUAUUGUGGUGACAUCAGUUGUCUUAACAUCACUCCUAUUUAUCACUUUAGUAUGUUGGUUGGUGAUGAAGAAGCUAAGAAGAGGGAUAGAUAUUCAAGACAGUGAUGAAGAAAACGUAGAACUACCCAUCUUUGAUAUGGUCACCCUUGCAGGGGCAACAAACAACUUUUCAGAUGCAAAUAAAAUUGGAGAAGGGGGGUUCGGCUCUGUUUACAAGGGGCAUUUAUCAACUGGAAAAGACAUAGCCAUCAAGCGGCUAUCGAGAGACUCCAAACAAGGUCUUGAGGAAUUCAAAAACGAGGUUAUUUUGAUUGCCAAACUUCAACACCGUAAUCUCGUUAGGCUUUUGGGAUGUUGCAUCCUCGGAGAAGAACGAAUGCUAGUUUACGAGUACAUGCCUAAUGGAAGCUUGGAUUCCUUCAUUUUUGAAAUAAGUCGAAGCAAAUUGCUUACAUGUAGUAGGCGCCUGGAUAUCAUUAUUGGGAUUGCUAGGGGGAUUCUUUAUCUUCAUCAAGAUUCGAGAUUGAGAGUCAUUCACAGGGAUCUUAAAGCUAGCAAUGUGCUACUUGAUAGCGAGAUGAAUCCUAAAAUUUCAGAUUUUGGCUUGGCUAGGGCUUUUGGAGGUGAUCAGUCAUCCUCAAAAACAAAAAGGGUGGUCGGAACUUAUGGUUACAUGGCUCCCGAAUAUGCAAUUGAUGGCCUAUUUUCAACAAAAUCCGAUAUUUUUAGCUUUGGAGUUAUAGUUUUAGAGAUAAUGAGUGGCAAAAGGAAUAGAAAAUUCCAUCAUGCAGACCAUGAUCUAAACCUUCUAGGACAUGCAUGGAAAUUUUGGAUGGACGGAAAGGCUUUUGAAUUAAUAGAUCCAGUGAUGCAGGGUUCAUUUCCAAUGUCUAAGGUCUUGAGAUGUAUACAGAUUGGUCUCCUAUGCGUGCAAAAAUGCCCUGAAGACAGGCCUACUAUGUCAUCUGUGGUCUUAAUGUUGGUUUCAGAUAUUACAGCUUUGCCCCAACCCAAGCAACCUGGCUUUUAUACUGGGAGGAGUUCCAAAGAGACCCAUGAAUGUUCGCCGGCUCAAAUUUCUCCUAGCAUUAAUGAAGUGACAAUGACCCACCUAGAGGCUCGCUAAAAUAUUUUUGAUAUGGAAAAGGAUAACUAAUCAAGAUAUCAGUCCUGUAUAUUUUUGUUUUGACCUCUCUGAUUUUAAUUCAAUGUUUAGUAACUUGUGUGGGCCAGUUUAUCUCUACCUUGAAAUUGUUCAUUUACCUUCUA